CUGGCACCGGGAGAAGAAAAUCUCAUAGUGAUAUGAAAGUGAGCUUUUCGGGAUAGGUUCCUAUUGCCACGACCUCGACGCCUUGGAAAAUAAUUCAGAUAUCGAAUGGGCCUAAUUCGACAAACUUUAUUCUCGAUUCUACCUCUAGUUCGUUCCUUGUUUUUUUUUUCUUUUCCUUUCUCCUACAGGCUGCGGACUUAAUUUGUUUUUUGGUCAAAGCUACGAAGUACUUGGACUAGACGCUUUUCCGCCUUCGUUUUUUCUACCAUCGACACGACACCUCUCUCUCUCUGAACACGCAAACAACAUAUUACAACAUCACUUUUUGACAAGGAAUUUUUCAAUUCACCUGCAACUCCUACAACUGUACAUCGAGACGCAGGAAGUAAAUUUUUCUUCUAUUCUAUCUGCAAAACUGCGAAGCAGCCUGCAUUACCUUUAAAUUUCUGUGUAAUUCAACCCCUAACGAAUUUCACGCAUCCUUCCAAACUCUUACACGUCUUCAGCACGUCUUACACACUUCUAGUCCCCCAAUCCAUCUAAUUAAUAUCAAUCAUCAUCACACGCUUUCGACUUCUUCAUUUUAUUUUAUUUUUUUACUCUCUUCUUUCCACCAUGGGUAGUGCCCCCAAGGCGAGCCCCGCUAAGGGAAAAGCUACUACCGGCGCCACCGUCAACACCACCAAGAAAGCCCCCACGAAUGGUGUUAGCAAGCGAUCCGGACGCAAGACAGCCGCCAAGAAAGGUGGUGCUCGUAGUAAGGGAAGAGGCCAGAAGAAAGUCUACAGUGAUCCACGCGUUCAGGCUGCUUAUGAACGCCAGCGAGAACUUCGAGAUGUCUACUCACAAGUUGCUCUGUCUGUCAAGCCGGCUCUUGAUGAGAUAGCUGAUCAAAACAUCAAGAACCUGCUAACAUCGAGGGAUGGCCAUAAGGGUGUGCCUGAAUACUACGCCGUUCAGAAACAACUAGACCAACAGCUCCAGAAUGCACUCGAGGCUGCUGACCUAGAACACUACAUCCAAGACGAGAUGGCAGAACAUGAAUACGAGCUUGGUUGCAUCUGCACCCAUAAAAGCUUUAUCGACUCGUUCGAGUACGAAACCGAAGAAUUCUACGACGGCGCAGAGAACCGCGCCAGUAUUCUUACAGAACUCCACCGGGAAGGUCAAGCUAUCGAUACGCUUGACUUGACUUAUCAAUAUGUUGACCAUAUACCUUACGUCUCCUUCACGGAUCAAUCUGAUGAUGCCGCCGCCUGUGCCAAGAGCCGCAAAGGAAAGGCCGUUACUAAGCGGAAAGCGGAAGAUCAGUCUAAUGGCCAAUCCGACUCCAAGAAACCCCGACAUACUGAUGGCCUUCUCGCUUCGGAGCAACAGCCCGAUGGUGUCCCGGAGUCUAAUGUUGCCACGCCCACGCCGCCUGAUGAGCAGGAAGUUACCGUUUCAGGCAAAAACUACCCUGACCUUCCUGCCGGUGCAGGUGAUCCCGAUGAGUAUGGUGUCCGCAGCGUCAAUAAACGGGUAAAGAGCCCUCGGAACAGAUUUAUCGUUCCACCAUUAUUCCAGUUUGACGACAACGAGAUAGGCUUCCGUGAUUCUACCAAUGACUCAACCCGGAAAGCUACCCGCGCGGUUAGAGGCAUAUUCCUCGACACGCCUAAUUCCAACACCUGGCAUUGGGACCACACAGUCAAGGACUAUGAUGCCCGAGACUAUACGGAAGAUACCCUAGACCCAGAACUUGUAAAGAAGCACGGGCUACAUCCGAAGUAUGGCAUGUUCCUUCCCAGCUCCACAAACGAGCCGGAAUACAACCACGAGCAAGUUGAUGGAACUCGGCCCGUAGUGUUCGUACCUGACAACCACACAACCAUCCAUGCAUCUCGCUCUACUAGACCUAUGAAGAUGGACAUGAUGUUGAAGGAGGAUAGAAUAAAGGGCUCCAUGUCAGGAAUGCUUCAGAAGUUUUGCGAAGAGGAAGAACUUGACCCCGAGGAAAUUGUCACCGAUGAAAUGCGGGAAAGAGAACGCAGAGUCCGCGAGAGACUUACUAUGUCCUCUGAUGCUACCCCCUCGGCCCAGUUAGUAGAUGUCUCUACCUACAGGGACCGUGUGUCUCUUCUUCUCCAGGCUGCCGAAGUUUCGCAUGCUGGCAAGGCUACACAGCCGUCUUCAACUACACGACCCUCUCGCCCUUAUGAUGCCGUGAGAGACGUAUUUAAGGGUGCGGAACCGAAGCCGAUCUCUACUCGCUCGGAACAAUAUUUGGAGCCUAGUCUUAUCCCACUUUCUAUCUUGGCGAACACUGCCUUGAAGAUAGCCCAUUAUCAGCGGUUGCAACAAGAAAUACUACGACAGCGGGAGAUAGAGGUUAUGCUCGCGGGCGAUUCUUCUAUGAUCGACCCUCGUCUUCUCAGCAUGCCUACUCAGGCUCCGCCUCCCCCGAAUGUAUUCCUACGGACCGCGUUGAAUCCCACCUCGUCGUUCGCACAUAUCGCGCCCGCACCCGCUCCUACCGCAGUAAUGGAAGUACCACAGCAACCCACGCCCCCUAGAAUCCCAUUUUCAACACAGAGCAGCGUAAGGGAUACCCCUAUUCUACCUCCCCUACGACCCAACAGGUCAGAUAGCCUGGGAAAGGGGUUGAACAUAUCUCAGCCACAUUUACCUCAAUCUAUUCAUCGGGCGCAAGAGUUCGAUUCUCCCCGUGGCCUAAUCCACUCUAAUUCGGGGGCUUUCUUCGCGCCCGCACCGUCACGACCCUUCCACCAGGGCCUGAGCUUCCAUCGCGAGUCGACCCUAAUGCCGAUGCCUGUUCAGCAAGGCCCGCCUAUGUCCGGGUCCGGUAUGUUGCUAAACCAGCCGCACAUACCUCCCCAUAUGUCUGCUUAUCCUAUUGAAAUGUCGCCUCCCCUGCAGACCCAACCACACCUAGCUCCUCUUUCAACACAGAUGGACAUCCCUGUGCCUUCGACAUCGCCGACUGGCCCGCCUCUAACAUCUCCUUCGUCCCCCGCGCAUACGCCCCGUGGUAAGGGUGCUUCGUCAUCGAACGGUAACAGCAAUGGAAAGUACCGUAAGAUCGCUGCUGCACCAAUCCCCCACAACCGGCCCUGGCCUUCCAACGGCGGCACGGAGUUGAGGCUCGCGCACUACGACCAUAAGGAGGCUAUCAAGGAUUACCGAGCCAACGAGCCUCCUCCGCGAACCGGGCCUACGACUAUCAGAGGCUGGAACGUUAACAACGUUUCCAAGAGUCGAAACAGGAGUGUGAAGAAGGAGGACUCUGAGGAGAAGGAAUCUCCAAAGUAGGUCUCAACCGAAGACGACUAUUGUAAGAGUAUUGUAAGACCGUCGUGUUGACCACUAUUGUUUCACAGCAUGAUACAACCCUACAUCAGCAAAUGGAGCGCCUCGGAGCGAAACUAGGGCUCCUCAUUCUCGGUCGGUCUAUGUACAUAUUUCGACCAAAACCUACCUCCUACAUAUUUACGAACCGAAACCCCAUACAACAAGGGGAACGAGUAAUCUGCAUGAUAGAGCAGUGGAUACGAGAAAAAAAAAACCAUUAAAUUCCUUAUUGAUUAUUACACGACAUUAUUACAUACGACCUACCUACCUCCCGCCGCAUACAUAUUACCUCCUUCUCACGCAUA